UAAAAAAGAAUGCUUAUAUUUUCAAAUAUUUUGUCACAAUACAAUAAUGAUGAUAGAGGUGUAGGAAGUAGAGAACUUUCACAAAGAAAUAUGAAAUUAUUACAAAGAUUAGGAUUUAUUGUAUAUAAUAAAAAUAGAGGUAAAAAUUAUAAUCAUGAAUCAAAAAAGUAUAAUAAAUCAUAUUAACAGUAGUAGUAGUAUAUUCAAUGUUAGUGAUAAAGUGAAAUUUGAUGAAAGUGUAACUAAACUUGAAUAUCAUAGUCACACCCCAUAUGCAUCUCAAACAUAUAAUUAUAAUGAUGAAAUUCGUAUCAGUGUCAAUCAACAAGAUAUUUACACGCUACCAAGUAAAAGUUUCCUCCUAAUUGAAGGUAAUAUUGAUGUUAAGAAAGCAGAUGAUACAAAAACAGACUAUUCACUAAUAAACAAUGGUGUAGCACAUUUAUUUGAUGAAAUUAGAUAUGAACUGGGUGGGGUUGAAGUUGAUCGUACACGUAAUGUAGGAAUUACAACCACAAUGAAAAAUCUUCUAUCUCAAUCUGCACUCAAUGAAAAAGUAAUGGAAAAUGCUGGAUGGAAAUUACAAGGAUGGAAAAAUUUAGAAAAAUUCAGUUUUUGUAUACCAUUAGAAAUGUGGUUGGGUAUAAUGGAAGAUUAUAAAAAAGUUAUAUUGAAUGUUCGGCAGGAGUUAGUUCUUCUAAGAUCAUCAUCAGAUAAAAACAGUAUUCAAUCAACAACAGCAGGUAAAGUAAAAAUUGAUAUAACAAAGAUACAAUGGCGUGUACCCUAUAUACAUGUUUCAGACUCAAUUCGCAUUGAUUUAUUAAAUCUAUCUCACAAUGAUAAGGGUAUUGUCAUACCAUUCAGAUCAUGGCAGCUUCAUGAAUUUCCAUCAUUACCUGAAGCCACCACACAACAAUGGACAGUGAAAACAGCAUCACAAAUGGAAAAGCCUAGAUUCAUUAUUCUUGGAUUUCAAAGAGAUAAGAAAAAUAGUAUAGCUGAAAAUAUGUCAAACUUUGAUUUUUGUAAACUCAACAAUAUUCGCUUGUAUUUGAAUGCACAAUACUUCCCCUAUGAUAGUAUAAUGGGUAAUAAACACUUGUUGUAUCAUAUGUUUUCGGAUUUUCAACAUUCAUACUAUCCUCAUAGACAACAUGAUAGCUAUACAUCAAUAGACUAUGAUACAUUUGAUAAAUACACACCAUUAAUUGUUAUAGACUGCAGCAGACAAAAUGAAUUAUUAAAAUCUGGAGCAAUAGAUGUGAAAUUAACAUUUGAUUCAACAGAAAAUUUCAAACCAAAAACAACCGCCUAUUGCCUAAUUCUCUAUGAUAAUAUCUAUGAAUACACACCAUUGAGUGGCAUGGUUAGGAAAGUAAUGUAAAGUUAAAAUUCUAGAUAGAGAUUAGAAUAA